AUGAACGUCCAUUUAUUUGGUGCCGUUUCUUCACCCAGUGUCGCCAAUUUUGCAGUAUUGAAGACCGCUGACAUUGCUGAAAAUCAAGGCGAUCAGGAAACCGCUGAGGUGUUAAGACGAAAUUUCUAUGUCGACGAUUGCCUUCGGUCAGAAGAAAACGAGACGAAAGCCAUAGAACGUAUUCAAAGUACCAUCAACGCUUGCGAGAAGGGAGGUUUUCGUCUGACUAAAAUCACCAGCAACAGUAGACGMGUCCUACAGUAUGUUCCUGAGGAAGACCGUUCGAAGGAAGUCAAAGGAAUCGAUUUAUGUCUCGAUGAUCUACCCGUAGAACGUGCCCUUGGCGUCCAAUGGCACAUAGAGAAUGACMCAUUUGGAUUCAAGAUAACAUUAAAGGAUAAACCGCUAACUCGCCGAGGCGUAUUGUCGACCAUCAGUUCUGUGUACGACCCUCUGGGGCUUGCUGCUCCUGUUUUGCUGCCUGGUAAACGAAUUCUGCAAGACCUUUGUAAAACAGACGUAGAUUGGGAYGAACGUAUUCCCGAYGACCAUGCCUCUAKAUGGGAGAGAUGGAGAAACCAAUUACCAAACCUGGARGCACUAGUCAUGAACAGAUGUCUCAAACCUGCCAAUUUYGGUGAGGUCAUCGAUAGCCAAAUCCAUAAUUUCUCUGACGCAAGUUCUAUCGGUUACGGUCAAGUAAGUUAUCUCCGUCAGGUCAACUUUCAAGGAAAAAUCCACUGUGCCUUUCUCAUUGGUAAAGCUCGUUUAGCUCCCAUCAAGCCAGUGACAGUUCCCAGGCUCGAACUGACAGCAGCAGUUGUUUCUUCCAAGCUAGGAAAUCAGAUGGCUCAAGAACUAGACCAUGAAAAAGGGAAAUCUAUGUUCUUCUGGACAGACAGCACCACAGUUAUCAAGUACAUCACAAACGAACAAAAUCGCUACCAGACGUACGUAGCAAAUAGAGUGGAGACAAUUAGGAGUCAAACCAACCCAGAUCAAUGGAGAUUCGUCCCAGGAAAAGAUAAUCCGGCGGAUGACGCAUCUCGUGGUUUAGAUGACUUGGAUAGUGAACAUCGUUGGAUCCAUGGUCCCGACUUUUUAUGGAAACACAUGGAAGACUGGCCAAUAUUACCAGCUGACUUGAACAGGGUAAAUGAUGACCAAGAUCCGGAAAUAAAGAAACCGAUUGUGUAUUCCACGGACGUCUUGGAAAUCAACUCGACAAUCGUCGAUCGAUUUAAUCGAUUCUCAGACUGGAACCGCCUCAAAAGAGUUGUUGCCAGAAUACUGCGCUUGACCCAAGAUCAAGAUUUCACCACACAAGAUUCAUCGACGAAACCGAGACCGAUCACAGUUAAAGAAACUGAAAAGGCAGAAAGUUGUAUUCUGAGAGUGGUACAGAAAGCAGCCUUUGAGAAAGAAUAUUCCACAUUGAAAAAUAUCGACCAAGAAACCUUUCAAGACACAAGGUCGCUUACAAAGACGAAGAAAUCCAG